AUGCACGAUUUUCAACAAAAUAAUUCCUCUCUUACUAUAAUAAACAACGGUUUUCAGAACUCUCAAUCAGUUACUCAACCUUUACAAACUCUUACUUUACUUCAAACGAACGGUGCUUCUUCUCAUCUAAACAUCUUGAACAUUUAUAAACCAUGUCUUCCAUGUCUUUCGUGUCAUGAUAAUUACUUUGACCAACCUGUUCCUUCCAAACAAUCAUGGUUGACAAAUCAAUAUAUAAAUUCGGCCACGAAUCACGAUAAUAUCGGUCAAAGCGGUCAAAGUGGUCAAAGCGGUCAAAGUGAUUUUGAUUUAUUUGAAAUACCUAAAGGUGAACAAGAUAAGACCACUGAUUUUCAAAUGGGUGAAUGUAUGCGUUCCGAUACUCAGAAUACAUCUUCGCCUCUUACUCCUUUGGAUUCAACUAAUCUUUGUGGUGUAGAAGAUACUUCUUCUGGAAUGUAUUCAUGUCUUCCUGCUUUCGAUUAUCCCUAUUUUUUGAGAAAAAUUACUGAUAAAUUUAUUAGUCAACUUACUGAGGCUUGGUUAUUCAAAAAAUGGUCCGUUGAUAAAGUAAAAGCUACUUCUCAAUUAAACCUUAUCCUUCAUAAUCUCUUUUUCUCAAGAGCUCAAAAAAUUACUUCUUUAUCUUUUGAUGAUGAUGCUUCUUGGCCUUUUGUUGAUCAAAAGUUUUCUUGUUUACAAAAUUUAUCUUUUCUUAAAAUUUCCGCUUCAAAUAUUUCAGAUAAUAGUCCUCUUCCUUUUUUAAAUUCUCUUUUACUUUCUUCUUGUUCAAGAAUCAAAAUAAUUGAAUUUGAUAUUGAUCCUAAAUACCUUGAUUGUAAUGAUUCCAUCGUUAAAUUAAUUCUUUCUCAACGUGAUUUACAAAAAAUUACUUUAAAUAGAUGUCAUCAUUUCCUUAAACCUUUAAUUCAUGUCUUAAAAUCUCUUUCUUCUUUAACUUCUUUAAGGUUUAAUCGUGUUAAUUUUGAUUCUUUUAAAGAAAUUUUCGACUCCAAUUUUAUUAAUUCCCUUAAAUCAAUAGAUCUUAUAAAUUGCACUAGAUUAGAUAACAAAUUCUUCAAGAACUUUCUUUGUAAAGCCCACAAUUUAUCCCAAUUCGAAUUUUGUGAUUAUAAUUCUAUUGAUCCUUAUAUUUUAGACUUAAUCAUGA